CCGCACCGCCCCGCACAGGGAGGCCGGAGGCAGGUCCGUCCCGCUGCGGGACUGGGGUUCGGCUCCAGGUGGCUGCAGGACGUCGCCACCAAGCUGAGGCGGAAGUUUUCCCAAUUGGAUCUAAACUUCCUACGACGCGUCACCUGUGUGCCGUGCCUGUGCCGUGCCUGCGCCUGUGCGCUCUUGCGCGCACUUGCCCGCUGGACAGAAGAGGGGGGAGUGGAGACACACCUUUACCUUUCGCGGCUGCACGGCGCCCUCCGCCCCACCCAACCCCACCACCCCCCUCCCUCCCCCUCCCCCCUCCCCCUCUCUCUCUCUCUGUCGGUGGAGGAAUAAUAAUCGCUCCGCGCGCGGACAUGUCGGCGGCGAACGAGAGGGCGACGCGCGCGCUGAGGGAGACCCUGCUGACCCCCGGGAACGACGCGUGCGCGGACUGCGGCGCACCGGACCCCUUGUGGGGCUCCUGCUCCCUGGGGGUGUUCAUCUGUCUGGACUGCUCGGGGAUCCACCGCAACAUCCCCGACGUCAGCAAGGUCAAGUCCCUGAGCCUGUCGCGCUGGGAGGACCACGAGAUGCAGUUCAUGGCUGAGAACGGCAAUGAGCUGAUGAAGAGAAAAUACGAGGCUGCUGUUCCAGUCUACUACUACAAACCAACGCAUAAAGACUGUCAGGUGUUGAGGGAGCAGUGGAUAAGGGCAAAGUACGAGAGGAAAGAGUUCUGCGAGCCGGGGAGGAAUUUUACAUAUGAGGAAGGACCUCGAGACGGCCUGUUGAUGAAGAGAGGGCGGGAUAACGGGCAGUUCCUGAGCAGGCGAUUCGUCCUCUCCGAGCUGGAGGGCACGCUGAAGUAUUUCACCAAGUAUGACGCCAAGGAGCCCAAAGCCGUGAUCAAGGUGGACACCAUCAACGCCACCUUCCAGCCAGAGAAGAUAGGAAACCCCAACGGCCUGCAGAUCACCUACCUGAAAGACUACAGCACCCGCAACAUGUUCAUCUACCACGAAAACGGCAAGGAGAUCGUCGACUGGUUCAAUUCAAUUCGUGCCGUUCAGCUCCACUACCUGAAGGUGGCCUUCCCCGGAGCGACGGACGCCGAGCUGGUGCCCAAACUCACCCGCAACUUUCUGAAGGAAGGGUACAUGGAAAAAACAGGUCCCAGGCAAACAGAAGGCUUCAAGAAGCGCUGGUUCACCCUCGACCAAAGGCGACUCAUGUACUUCAAAGAUCCACUGGACGCUUUCGCCAAAGGCGAGGUCUUCCUGGGCAGCAGGGACCAUGGCUACAACGUGUCGACCGGCUUCCCCCCCGGCACCCACCGCAACGGCGCCUGGCAACACGGCGUCACCAUACAGACGCCCGACCGCUACUUCGUGUUCACCUGCGAGAUGGAGAGCGACCAGCAGGAGUGGGUGAAACUCUUCAACGAGGUCAUGGACGCGCCCAUGUCCCCUCAGGAGUACACAAUGGAGGCCAUGUUCAAGCACAGGCACUGAUGGACCAGAGGCCUGCGGGACCAUCUCCUCUCCCCCUCAGUCCAUCACCGAUCCGACACAGGACCCACAUCGGUUCUGGCUCCGUUAGUACUUUGACUCGAGACUUGACUGUCAUCACGUUCAUUGGUCACCCUGGAGGCUGGUAGUGAGGUUAGGAAUGCCAACAAGAGGACCAUGGCAAUAUUCAUUAGUAAACUAGAUAUAUAAAUGGCCAAAAAAAAUGUCAAUACAUAUGUAGUAAUUGUGAUUAUUUGGGUUUUGUUUUAAUUGCUGCAGUUUUUUGUUUUCACUGCAAACUCCCGAGAGAUCACUUUCCUGUCUCUGGACAGUAACAAGGUUCGUCUUGGAUUUUAUGCAGCUCAUGUUUGAAAUAGUAAAAGGCAUUCUUGUCAGACUCAGUGCCGGCUGCCCAUGCUAAUGAACUAUGGGAACAUAAACACACUUACUCUCGGCCAGUGGAUUGAAUUUUUAAAGAAAUUAUAUUAGAUAUUCAACUCGAGAUAUAAGAAAUUGGAUGCUGUCAAGGUGAGAAGUGCCUUGGUCCCCUCAAGCAUUUUAUGCAAGUGUGAUAUGAUGAUUUGGUAAUACUAAUGAGGAAAGAGUCAAAUGGGUCAAACAGCUGCAGAAAACAACUGUAUCUGCUGGAUUCACAAUUACUUUUCAGGUUUUUUUUAAUAAAAGAAACAGUAUUCAUCAUUAUGUUAACUUCUCACACAUUUACUGAUAUUUGUAUCGUGCUCCAUGUGCUGUUUCAGUUCAAAAAGUGAAAAAUAGUUGUUGUUUUUUUUAUCUAAACUUAGCAACACUACAGUGCUACACUUACGUCAUGAAUCAAACAUUAUUUUCAUGGUUUUGUGUUUUCUUUAAUGAAUAUUCAAAUGUUGAUUUUGAUAUGCAUUCAUCAAGACAAUAAAGGAGUUUUGUACAACUGUAAGUUAGUACACGAUCUAACAGCA